CAACAUACGGCUAUGGUAGACAUGAGGAACUAGACUUCGCUUAUCUCAACCAGCGCAACGGAAUAUUUGGAUGUACAAUAAGGAUAAGUAAAUGGAGGAGAAAAGAUGGAAAAAGGGGGAUAGACACCAACCAUCAAGACUAAACCUGGUAAUAAUCACUCUUCAACAUCCUGCUUGAGUUAGUGCUUCACGGCAAGAACAGAUAUGAGAGUGCAGACAUUUUCAAAAGUACAGAUCCUGCGCAACUUUGAGUCUACAUGCCAGACACUCUCUGCUUCUGACAACAGAGGGUUUAAGCAGGAACUUGAGGGGCUGAGGGAUGUCGGCAAAGAUCUUUCAACCGAGGCGGCGGGCCUGGAAGCUAACAAAGAAAAGAAUCGAUACCCGUACAUAUUACCAUAUGACCACUGCCGUGUGAGGCUGUCCAUUCAAAACUCCUAUCCCAACUCGGAUUACAUCAAUGCCAAUUUUGUACCUGGUGGAGGAUCUGAGCGAGACUUUAUCUGCACCCAGGGUCCCAUGCGUGACACCAUAGACGAUUUCUGGAGGAUGGUGUGGGAGCAGAAUGUCAAGAUAAUUGUUAUGGUGACAGCUCUGAGAUAUAGGGACUUGGUACUAUGUGAUGAGUAUUGGUCUCUGCAACCAGGAACAGUUUAUCACGGACCUUUCCAAGUAACAACAAUGGCUCGGAAACAAGGCCCAGACUAUUUUAUCUCCACCAUUAACCUCAGACAGAGAGACUGUCCUACAGAUCGGAUCAUAACACACUAUCACUAUCCAUCCUGGCCAGACCGGGGCAUCCCUAAAGACCCGUCCUCACUCAGUACUUUCUCAGAUCACGUGCGGCAGCAUUUGGAAGCCAUUCCACAUUUGGGGCCGACUGUUGUGCACUGCAGUGCAGGCGUAGGCCGAUCGGGGACCUUCGUCACAGUGCUGUGGCUGAUGCAGCUGUGCGUGAGAGGCAUCCAGCCCGAUGUACGAGCUGCUGUGGCUGACCUACGACAACAUCGAAUGUGGAUGGUUCAGAAUCUGGAGCAGUACAUAUUUGUUCACAAGUGUCUACUAUACUGGUUGAGCGGUGGAAAGUCAUCAUGCUUUACCCACUCAGAUUACACGCACCGAGAUUUGAGGAGGGGAAAUCGACAUCAUAGACGGGAACAUCCUUCGGACCAACCCCCUAGCACAUUGCAGCAGAUUUUACAACCCGGGAAGCUUCUGCGACGGCUGCUACCCUCUUAAUCACAGUUAAAUCCAGACCCACAUGCCUCGACCUCACAGGGGUGGGGGGGUCAACUGAUGACAAUUCAAUUCUAAGAGGCCAUGACAGACAAGGGCCUUACAUUUAUAUUUUUGAUUGGCAGCGAUAACUUGGGGGGGGGGAAUCACUGAUGGCAUCCCUGCUAACAAAUUGCAUCUGAGGAAUAACUUCACAGAUGGAAGUGAAAGGCACCAACUGCGCUCAUGAUCUAUAUCACAUGAAAACCUAAGUAACGUCACCAGGAAAGAGCUAAGACAAACCUGCCAGGCAGGUUAAACCUGUUGCUAAAUAUGGUACUGGUCCCAAGCGAAAAAUUUGACUGCAACCGCACAUUUAUCUUCAGAACUAAUGGUCAUUAUUCAUGUCAACAAAGCACAAGUUUGCAACUGGUUAUUUUCAUAUGUUGGUUCCAUACUGUGAUUUUCUUUUUAAAUUAAAAUGUUUUCAAAAGUCA